AUGGAAGACAACCCAUACUUGAAUCCGACCGGUCAUCAACCAGAGCAAUCCACUUUAAGCCACCAACCACCAUCUUCUCGCCAAAGAACUUGGAAUAACAACAACCAGCAAGGACAACACCAUCAACCGUAUCGAUCCCAGAAGAAACCUCGGGUACAUAACCCGGCUAACUCACACUCGCCAAGACACAAUGCCCAUCACCCUCAACAACAGAAUAGAGGAGCAAAUGAGUCUUGGUUCAAAAAUUCAAUGCUCCAAGAUCCUUGGCUGCCGCUUUAUAAUUCAUAG